AUGAGCACAGCAUUGACAAGACCUUCUAAGUUGCUCAAGCAGUGUGGGCUGAGGUUUUCUUCUACCUUGCCCAGAAUAAUGUCUUGUUUGAGGGUAUCCUCCUCAAGCCAAGUAUGGUUUACCCAUGGAGCUGAGUGCAAGGAAAGAGCCACCCCGGAACAGGUUGCCGACUACACCCUCAAGCUUCUCCGGAGAAGAAUUCCCCCAGCAGUCCCUGGAAUCAUGGCAUACAAUCUGAGUGAUCGCAACAUAGCAUUAUAUGACUUGCGCAUGGGGAAACCGACAGCGAAGCUUAUCAUGGCGACAAAAACUAAUUCUAUUUGUUGGAAUCCAAUGGAGCCAUUCAACUUCACUGCUGCAAAUGAGGACUGCAACUACUAUAGCUUUGAUUCUAGAAAGCUUAAUGCAGCAACGUGUGUGCACAAAGAUCAUGUCUCUGCUGUAAUGGACAUAGAUUAUUCACCAACCGGUCGAGAAUUUGUAACUGGAUCAUAUGAUAGAACAGUGAUGAGAAUUUUCCAGUAUAAUGGUGGUCACAGUAGGGAGAUUUAUCAUACAAAGAGAAUGCAAAGGGUGUUAUGUGUCAAGUACAGCUGUGAUGCUAGUUAUGUUAUUUCUGGGAGUGAUGACACUAAUCUUAGGCUUUGGAAAGCUAAAGCAUCAGAACAACUGGGUGUUCUUCUUCCAAGGGAAAAGAAAAGGCACGAAUAUCUUGAAGCUGUCAAGAAUCGCUACAAGCACCUCGCUGAAGUCAAGUGUAUAGUGAGGCACCGCCAUCUGCCGAAAGCAAUAUACAAGACAACUGCUCUCCGGCGUACAAUGAUGGAAGCAGAACGCAGGAGAGAAGAGAAGAGGAAAGCUCACAGUGCCCCAGGAGACUCUACAUCAAAGCCAUUACGGCAGAGAAGAAUUGUGCGUGUUGAGGAGUGA